GAAUCGCGCUCCGCAGAUUUUGAGUACCGAGUUCUCUACCUCUUGGAUCCUGCGCUCCGGGUCCGCUUCCUGGAGCAACUCGACUUCCUGGACAAGUUCUCCGUAGAUUCUGCGCUCAAGGUCCUCUACCUGCCGGAACUCGACUUCCAGGACAAGCGCUCCGUAGUUUCUGCGCUCAAGGUCUACUACCUGGCAACGACUGAAGUAAGGUUCUUAAACUCUGUUAUCCACGAUUUUACUUGCGGUUACAUACGUCGGUUAAUUCUCCGCUCCUUGAAGCUGCGAAUCAUGAAUACCGCAUCAAUAUAUUCGGACCCCGUUGUCACCUGCCCGUACGACAAGUACCACAGGAUUGCGUUGUCAAAAAUUCAAAUGCACAUUGUUAAAUGUGAGAAGAACUAUCCAAAAGGAUACAAACAAACUUGCCCGUAUGAUGCAACACAUAGAUUGUUUGAACACGAAUUAACCGAUCAUAUUCAAAACUGUCCUCAGCGCAUGGUUCUAGAACCUGAAAAGCAUCAGUUCAUUAGGAACCAUGGGUCCACAAUGACCGAAUUCUUGGACCGAUCUGAGGCUGUAACAAGCACUAUAGAUCAUGGAGAAUCUUGGGAUGAAGAAUCCAACAGGGAUUGGAUUCCCUCAAUUGAUGGACGAUCUAAUAUAAUAGACAGUAGCACUACUUCAAAUUUUCUCCAACCAAGGGAUCAGUCCAGAUGCAAAAAAUUCAUUGACCCUAAUCAGGACUUACGUCGUCCUCUUGGUUACUCAGAGGCAAUGUUGGUUGGAGGAGAAACAGAUAAAGCUGACGCGUCUGAUAUGGAAUCAGUUAUCAGUGUGAUGGGUGUUGGGCGUGGUAAGAAUCCAUCAGCGCACCUGCGGCUAAAGAAACCAUUCAGCUUUGGCAGAGGAAUAUCUCUGCCAAGAAAUGACUAGAGCCAUCGAUUCAAAUUUGAUACAGAUCAUAAAGUGAAGAGUGAUAUUUUUGCUGAGCGUUUUUUUUUUAAUAAUUAUUUAGCGUAUUCCAGAUAACCUGGUCACUAAUAGGCCUGAAUGUACAAUUUUAUUCUGCAAGAUAACAAUCAGCCUAUAUAAUGGCCUUACAUUCUGGUUUUACAAUUAGCUUAUACGUGCAAAUUGUACUGGUAAAACUACCAAAUAAAUAAUCUAUUUUUAUUCAUAAAAUGUCAAAAGUGGUACGUCAUUCAGUUGAACGCGAAUACACAUAUUGUGAUUCACUUGUAGUAGUAGUAAUUUGGCAGAAAUCUGUCAAAUCCGCAAAGAUAAAAAUAUUCGUUGUUAGAUCAAUGGAAUAGUGUAUUUCCAGUUAUUUCUAAAUUUAUAUUCAUUAAUAUCAUUCAUCAAACAAAAUUUAACUCGUCAUUUUAGUUCACUUACAGAUUCUUAUAGUGAUAGUGUUUCACAU